CAACCUUCUCUCUUUUUUUUUUCCCUUCCUUUUCCUGCCCAUACAUGUGUUUCUGUUUUGUAUCGUAGCGUUUGUUCGGCCGGCUCGUAUUUACAUUUUAAGGGCAUCUGGAAACAGCACCAAAAAUAUUGCAAAGGCCCCGAGUUGGGGUUUUUCUUGAUGCUGCACCCUUCGCCCUAAAAUCAGCGCUAUGCCCCGGAGGAAAGCGGCGGGGCCGCCCUGGGAAGCGGCCCCGGGGAACGGGGCGGUGGCGGCGGCGGGGAGGAGGCGGCCCGGCCCGGGAGGAGGAGGAGGAGGAGGAGGAAGGCGGCGGCCGCGGCCGGAGCGCAGCGGAGGCAGCAGCGGCGGCAGCAGCGAGGAUGAAGCGGCCCCGCGGGAGCGGCGGCCCCGGGACGGGAGCCCCGGCGGGAGGAGAGGCGGCCGGCCCGGGGGGGCCGGAGGAGGCGGUGGGACGGCAGCGAGGGGACAGAGCGUGGUGAUCUGCGAGCCCGAGCACAGCAAAGAGCGCAUCAAGCUGGAGGGCUCCAGGUGCCGGGGGCAGCUCCUCAUCUUCGGAGCCACCAACUGGGACCUGAUCGGCCGCAAAGAAGUGCCUAAGCAGCAAGUGGCAUAUCGCAACCUGGGCCAGAACCUGUGGGGGCCACACAGGUACGGGUGUCUCUCAGGGAUUCAGGUGCGGAGCGUGGUGUCAGGCCCCUGCGCUGCUCAUAGUCUGCUCAUCACUGCCGAGGGCAAGCUCUGGAGCUGGGGUCGCAAUGAAAAAGGGCAACUGGGCCACGGGGACACGAAGCGGGUGGAAGCCCCGAAGCUCAUCGAGGUGCUGGCGAGCGAAGCCAUCGUGUUGGCAGCCUGUGGCCGCAACCACACGCUGGCACUUACAGAGAGCGGCUCCGUGUUUGCCUUCGGAGAGAAUAAAAUGGGGCAGCUGGGGCUGGGGAACCAGACGGACGCCGUGCCCAGCCCGACGCAGAUCAUGUACAAUGGGCAGCCCAUCACCAAACUGGCCUGUGGGGCUGAAUUCAGCAUGAUCAUGGAUUGCAAAGGAAACCUCUACUCCUUCGGGUGCCCUGAGUAUGGGCAGCUGGGGCAUAACUCGGAUGGGAAGUUCAUUGCCCGGGCACAGAGGAUCGAGUAUGACUGCGAGCUGGUGCCACGGCGCGUGGCCAUCUUCAUUGAGAAGACCAAAGACGGGCAGAUCCUGCCUGUCCCCAACGUGGUGGUGCGAGACGUGGCCUGUGGGGCCAACCACACGCUUGUCCUGGACUCUCAGAAGCGUGUUUUCUCCUGGGGCUUCGGGGGCUACGGGCGGCUGGGCCACGCUGAGCAGAAAGAUGAGAUGGUUCCUCGCCUCGUCAAGCUCUUUGACUUCCCGGGGCGCGGGGCGGCGCAGAUCUACGCUGGCUACACGUGCUCCUUCGCCGUCAGCGAGACAGGUGGUUUGUUUUUUUGGGGUGCUACCAACACCUCCCGGGAGUCCACCAUGUACCCCAAAGCCGUGCAGGACCUCUGCGGCUGGAAGAUCCGCAGCCUGGCCUGUGGGAAGAGCAGCAUCAUCGUGGCGGCAGAUGAGAGCACCAUCAGCUGGGGUCCCUCACCCACCUUUGGGGAACUGGGCUACGGGGACCACAAGCCCAAAUCCUCAACGGCUGCCCAAGAGGUGAAGACCCUGGAUGGGAUCUACACAGAGCAGGUGGCCAUGGGCUAUGCCCACUCCCUGGUGAUCGCCCGUGACGAGACCGACGCCGAGAAGGAGAAGCUCCGCAAACUGCCCGAGUACAACCCCCGCACCAUCUGAGGGGGAUCCCCCUGGCUCCCCACCCCGCUGGGACCCUCUUCUCCCUCCCCCCCAAUCCCCCCAAACCCCGCUUUUCCAAGCCAGCCGCCCUUUGAACUACCUGUUCUCCCAUUUCCAAAGCUCUGGGGAGGGUUUCUUUCCCCUUCCCACCCUCCCUCCCCACGGCCUUUUGAAUUCCCAACCGUAGCAGGAGCUUUUGGCACAUCCAGGCUUCAUUAUUUCUCUCUCUUUUUUUUUUGGUGGUGUUUUUUAACUAUUUUAAUGUUAUUUGUCUUUUUUUUUCUCUCAGUUUUGGGUCAUUUCCCCUCUCCCCAACCACAAACAUCCCCGGAUAAAACCGGGGGCCAGAUGAGCAGCUGAAAAACACCUUUUCUUACCCCAGUACUCCCCUUUUUUGACAUUUCUUUCCCCUCCAAACACCUCCCUGUUUUGGGGAGCUGGAAUGUGGGGGAAAGGAGGGGGAGUUCUCCUCUCCAGCAUCCCUUUUCCCUGCGGGAUUCAGGAUAUACAUGUCAUCCCCCCAACCCCUCAAGGGCCAAACUCAGCCCCAAACAGCAUUUUGAAGCUCUCCCCGCUCUCACAGCCCUCGCCCAUCCCAGGGAGAUCUCAGGUAUGAAGAGAGGGGAGCCCAAAAGCUGCUUUUUUUUAGGGGGGGAGGGGGAAAUGGGGAGGGGAGUGGGAAAAUCCUUCUUCAUUUAAAUUAUUCCUGUCAUUAUUUCUGCCUGGGAUCAGCCCAAAGUCCCUCCUACGACGCUGUGCACUGUGCUGGAGAAACGAGGUGCCUUUUCUGAGCAGAGCCUGGCUCUGCCUUCCCGCCACCCCAGGGUGACAUGUUUUGUACUUUUAGUGUUAUUUUGCAAUUCGUGGGGGUUUCUUUGGAAUGAUUCCUUUGAGGGGAGGUUGGGGGGUUUUUUUUAAGGGCCUUUCUGCUCUUUUCCCUGAGUGAGCUCGGGGGUGUUUGAGCUCUUCCCGGGGAGGUUUGCGGUUACAAAAGGGGUUGGUUUGGGGUGUUUUGUUUGGCUUUUUGCUUUAGGGU